UGCAUUUGAAGGAUUACGUCAACUUCUAUAAUUUCUUGAAAUAAUACAGCUGAGUGUUAUUUAUCGGCAGUUGACAUGAGUUGUUUCUGCAGAAGCAGUUUACCAACAUGUCCUCAAUAUUCGGAAGUGAAGGAAAAAUAUGCACAAAUAUUCCAUAUUUUGAGGAAAUUGACCGAAUUAUUAGAAUCUGAAUUAUUGUCAUGUUUGACUGGUCGAGAGUUCGAACUAUUUGAUCAUUAUUUUAGUAUGGUGCCCCAAGCUCAUUUUGUGAAUGACUUACCGUUUGUGUGCAGACUUUUGGAACUGAUACCAGAAAAGAUGUAUAUAAACGAGGUAUUUGAGGAAUAUUAUGAAAAAUACCUUGUUCUCUGUGGUGUUCCUCCUUUGAUGUUAUAUUCUUCAGAAUCUCUCACUUGUAACAAAGAUUUGGAGGAGUUUUUUUCAGUUCUCGGAGGAUUACUCUUAUACCUGAAGAAGACAAGACAAACUUUCAUUUUGCUAGAAUCGAUCACGAACAUUUUGUCUGGUAAAAUUGAAUAUCCCCGCUGCUACGUUUCCCUUGGAAAAUUGCAACUCGCUGCUGCUAACAGCCUUCUGCCCAAAAUAAUAGGAAGAUUCUUGUCAUUUGCAACUGACGAAAUGUACGAAAGGCUUUUGCAAAUAAGUGUUUCCCUAGCGAAAGCAUCUGAUCUCGCUUGCUAUAAGAUGAUUGAGGAAGGAGCCGUUGACUCUCUGCUCACCCAUCUGAAUCCUACAUGUACAACGAUGGGCGCAACAGUCCCACCAUUAUCUGAUUUACACUUAUGCCAUUACGAAGAAUCUUCUACCUUGAUUUGGCUGUUGUUGAAAAGUCUGAAGGGGUCAACUGCAGAAGACAUAAGCAAACUUCCUUCCCCUUCUAGAUUUGCCUUUUGGAGUUUACGAUUUGCUCUCAAAUACUUCUACACAAACAAGAGAAGCAGAAUAGACCGCAACAACAUAGUCGCAAUACUCCUGAAAAUAGUACAAAUAUUUCCAACCACCGAAUUCGUUCAGUCUGGUCUGGCUAGAGAUAUCAUAGAACUGAAUCUGGUGGUGGAAAAUGAUACCUUGAUCAAUGAUUGGUCAGGAAUUCAGAUCACACCCAGUAUGGAGGAUUUCGUAUUUAUUCGGUUAUUGUUGAUGUUCCUUUAUUUCUUCAAUAGACCAGAAUACUAUGGGGGAAUACAUUUCCUUCGAGACACGAGUAUAAUUGGGUUGAAAAUGAAAUUGGUGACCCACAGUCAAGCUGUGAAAUGGCAUACAGAUCAUUUGGGCGCGCUGAUUUCCAUUGUGAUAAGCGUGUUCGCACAGACUGCAUCAUAUACUGUUGAGAUAUUUCUUGCUGAGAAAGGAAUAAUAAAGUUCAUGGAGAUAUUACUGGAGAAAAAGCACAACAUAGAUGUUUAUCUCUCCUUGUUGAGAUCAUUGAUAAUAAUGGGGAGAAUGGAUAAGAUAAAAUCAAGAAUGAUUUUGAACAGGCUGUUGGAUAUCCGAGCUCAAUUCACUUUAAUGGGAUAUUGCGAAUCGAUCAUAUCUAAAGAAGUAUUAGAUUCAAAAAACCAGUUAUCAGUGGCAUAUUCCUUCGCAAUCAUAGAAAAAUUGUACAAGUGUAAAACUAACCUAUCUAAUAAGAGACUAAUGGACCUUUCUAUCGCUUUUCUAAAGAGGAUAAGAUCCCCUUGGGAACAAGAUCCUUUUAUAAUACCCCAACUACCUAUCAUGAUAAUAUCCUGUCUAUGGAACAUCCUUUUAUGCGAUGAACAGAACCUCAAACAAUUCAUUCAUGAGGAAGGAAUUUAUAUAUGCUUAGAUCUGGCCGAGACUUGUGUUUAUCCAGUUAAAGUUGUAGCUUUCGGUUUGUUGACUGAAGUUUGCGAAGAGUCUUUAGCAGUGCCUUUUUUCAUUACAUGGAGGGGAGCAAAACAUCAGAAGAUUCUCCCGUUUUUAUUGGAAAUUUUUAGGGAGGAAAACCGGAUAUUGGGAGCCAAGCAUACAACAGGCGGACUAAUUGAAGAUAUUGAACUGCCGUUAAUGGGACUUGAGCAAUAUAAGAAUAUAUGUGAUCCAAAAAAUUCACUUCAUGCAAGUCCUUCUAUUUCUGAUAUGAUAGGAAGCUGCAGACCUAAGAUCUACGCGAUAUUGGACAUGCUCACUUGUGUUCACGAGGAAAGAGUAAGAAUGGCUGACGACGUUUAUAAAACAUGGAAUCAAGAUUUGAGCAUUGAAGAUCAGAUCACGAAAGUAAUCGCAGAGAACUUUUUUGCACUGAAAAUAGCUGAAGUAUGGGAUGAAAUACAAUUACAUUUCGAAAGAUGUGGUGUUAGGCCUUUAGCUAAUGACCAUGAGAUGUUAUCUUUGGUUCUCAACAGAGCUAAGAAGUGGGGGGCUUUCAUCCAGGCAACACAAAGAGAAAUACUUCGAUCUAAUAGGGAGAAUGAAAUGAUAAUAGAAAAUUCUUUUUACAUGGACCUUAGGGAAGCUCGGCUAGGACAAACCUUAGGGGCUUGUUGUGAACUAGAGUAUAUUGCCAGAUGUACUAGAGAAAUCUAUAGAAUUAGGACAAAAAGAAAGCAUAAUCUUCAUUUAAUGGAAUUUCCUGUGAAGAAAACAGAUCCAAAUAUACUUUAUCAUACUACUUUCAUGUACGACAUCAUGGUUAAUCCCAUAUUCGACCAGAUCUUGCAUAUUGCCAAUAUAAACAAUACCCCCACUGCAGUUGGUCAAACAGAAAAAAAAGGGCCAAUGACUGCAAGAAUGAGGAAAGCAAUGCAAAAAUAUCAAAAAGCAAAAUUCGAAAAAAUGCCGAGUACUGCAGAAGAUCAACUAUGGGGAUCCAUCAGUGAUGAAACUUGUAUAACUAAAUAAUUUUUCUACAAUAAAAUAUUUACAGUGAAAAGGGAAUCAAGAGACACAUGAAUUCAUUGCUUUUGGUUGCAGAAGCAGAGGUCAUUGAGAAGAUUUCUCAAUUACAAUUCCUAGCAAAGUUUAUACCAUGAAAAUGAAAACGGCAAAAGUGAUGUAGGCAAAAUGAAUAAAAAUUACAUAAGAAAUCGCCAUUUCUCAUGUGAAUAUGAAAUUUAUUGCAGUAGUUC